UUUAUGAAAAUAAACACUCAAAACAGUGUUCAAUGGUCAGUUGUGUAUGAGUGAAUACGAGUUCUGCAGAAUGUUGUCUGGUCAGUGCUAAGAAGGUCACAAUUUCCACAAUACGGAAUAAACAAAUCCAGGGUAUGAGGAAGUGUUUUGAGUGACUCCAGUUGAACACAGUUCUGUAUACUUUCGUCGACGAUGUUCUCCAAAUUCCGUUCAACGUCCAUCAUCAAACGCAAACUAGAAAGCGCCCUUGUAAACCAUGAAGGGAUCAGAUACCUCAGUAGUAAAGAAGUGAUAGACCGAGAAAACAAAUUCGCAGCUCACAAUUAUCACCCGUUGCCGGUAGCUCUGGCGAAAGGACAAGGUGUAUUCGUGUGGGAUGUCGAAGGUAAACGCUACUACGACUACCUCAGCGGCUACUCGGCCAACAACUACGGCCACUGCCACCCCAAAAUCGUAGAAACCCUUCAAAAACAAGCGCAAGUUCUGCACCACACCUCCCGAGCUUUCUACUCGGACGUCUUCGGGGAGUACGCCAGCUUUGUGACCAAGCUCUUCGGCUACGACAAGGUCAUGCCAAUGAAUACAGGUGUGGAAGCCGACGACACAGCUUGCAAAAUCUCGCGAAAAUGGGGCUACAAAGUCAAGAAAAUCCCCAAAGAUCAAGCCAAAAUGAUUUUCGCGGUGGAUAAUUUCUGGGGGCGGUCAUUAGCGGCGGUUUCCGCCUCCACGGAUCCUUUAUCUUUUGAAAAUUAUGGUCCUUUCAUGCCUGGGUUUAGCUGUGUUCCUUAUAACGAUCUCCAGGCUUUAGAAAAAGCGCUUCAGGAUCCUUUGGUUUGUGGGUUCAUGGUGGAGCCCAUUCAAGGCGAGGCGGGGGUUGUGGUACCCAGUGAGGGUUAUUUGAACGGGGUGCGCACCCUUUGUACUAAGUACAACGUUUUGUGGAGCGCGGAUGAAAUACAGACUGGAUUAGGGAGAACUGGGAAGAGAUUAGCCGUGGAUUAUGAGGAUGUUAAGCCUGAUAUUUUGGUACUAGGGAAGGCUUUAGGGGGCGGGGUUUAUCCGGUGUCGGCGUGUCUGGCCAAUGAUCCGAUUAUGUUAGUAGUGGAACCCGGUACACACGGUUCCACCUUUGGUGGCAAUCCGCUGGGGUCUAAAGUGGCAAUCGCGGCCCUCGAAAUCCUCGAGGAAGAAAAUUUAGCCAAUAAUGCUUUCGAACUAGGGGAGAUAUUCCGAACAGAACUGAGAAAGAAAUUAAACAAAAACAUCGUAAUUGAAGUCAGAGGAAGAGGGUUAUUAAACGCCAUAGUCAUAAACAAAAAUCACAUUGAAGCUUGGGAUAUCUGCUUAAAACUGAAAGAAAAUGGUCUGAUAGCAAAACACACCCAUGAUAACAUCAUCCGGUUCGCCCCACCGCUGGUAAUAACUAAGGAUCAACUCAAGGAAUCUGCCGACAUCAUUGUACGAACGAUCAACGGUAUUGAAACCAACUGAGACAAAAUUAUGUUUAAUAAUGUUGUACAUUUGUUGUUCGUUGCGGUAAUUGUUAAUAAUUAUACGUACUGAUCUUUACUAAAAAUAAAAUUUUAUUAAGUUCGUA